AUGGCUUCUCGCAACAUUUUUGCUGCCACCCCGCCUAGCUCCAAACGCAAAACAGCCGAAGUGCUCGGGAAGUGUGCGCGGUGUGACAACGCCGAAGUCACGCGCUGCUCCGCGACUUUCGGCGGCUGCGAAAACUACAACUCCUCCGGCUGCAGGUACAAGAUCAGCAUCCUCUCGGCUGCAGCGCGCUGCGUUACCUGCCUCGCGGACGUCAACCCCGGCGUCCUUUGCUUGGGCGUGCCCAAUCUCAAGGGGACGAAGAACACCCGCGGCAAGACGGCGUACGUCAACACACACCUACGCUGGGAGGACUGUCUCGGGCAGAAGGUGAAACUAGGCAAGGAGGGAAAGUCCGCCUUCAAGUUCAUCGAGCGGGUCGAUCAAGAGGACAGCAGGAUCGGGGUCCCGUGCGCCCGCUGCACGGACGAGAUCGUCGAGGGAGACUUCGUCAUCUCCACGUACCAGCCCGACGCUGAGAACCCUCUCCCGGCGAACAACCCCCUCCACGCCAAGGGCUGCGCGCGUGCCGUCUUCGACGACAACCACGAGCAGUUCGUGGACAACAUGAUGCUGGAGGGUAUCUCCUCCGACAAGGUCGUCAGCGCGGACAGCAUCGACUUCGACUUCUGAAGUGAGUGCUGUGAGGUCUAAAUUUGGGCUUCUGUUCGGCACAUGCCUCGGUCGGCUUUUGCGCCGCCAAAUCAUUCGGCUUUCACGCCACGUUCGGCAAUUCUGCCACAAAAUCAUUCGGCUAUUCUGCCAACCAUUCAAGAAAUUCGUGUCGAGGCAAAGUCCUUGCCGUUCAGUGACCUCAGGUCUCGUGUUGAGGAUAUUCGUGGCCGUGUUCAGGAAUCUCCUGCUGUCACUAGCGCAGAUGCUGUGAUUAUGCACGUCUAUCAUACGCGGACCGCCAAAUGUCUGCGUGGGCGUUGCAAUUUUCUUUCGUUUCGAGGCGCUACAAAUUCAUGCACAAAACAUUCGGAGUUGUGCGCGUGUCGGAGUAGUCUCUGAUGUACAGUCCAAGGUCAUGCGGACAUAUCACAUUCUGAAAUUGCGUCGUGUACGGUUGAAAGCAGCGGUAAACCAGGAAACUGCAAAGGUGACUAGACCGAACUCGCGCAGCGGGAAACUAGCGAGCAAAGCAGACGAUUCGAGCCGGGCUCAACCUAAAUCGAGCACCCGUGAAACAAGAAGCACUCGGGCCCAACCUAAACCAAGCACCCGUCGGUGUAGCAAAAAAGCGAAAACUGUUGACGAACUCAAGGCAGAGAUAGUACCGCGGACGACCAGGCCAAGGGCCGCUGCUGCGGCCAGACAAACAGACGCGAAACCCAAUAGCGAUCCUUCGGCUCAGUCAAAAACACGCAGACGUGUCGGGGAUGCCGAAAAGGAAGAUCAUACUAAGCAGCAGGGUAACGACGAUGGAAGUAAUAGUCAUCAGGAUGAACCGCGGCCAAUUAUAGGUGCCGAUCAAGUAGCGC